UUCCACUCGUUCCCUUCUCCAUUUCGUCUCGCAAGAGUCGCAAGUCGAAACAGGCGAGGCGAGAACUCGUCGUGGAAGCUAGCCGGCUCCGAUCCCAACCCGACCCGACCCACCCCCUCCCGAUUGCUUUGCACCAACGCAAGCGCGCUCCCCUCCGCCCCGCCCUGCCUGCCUGCCGUAACCGUGCCGCGCAAGGUUGUUGGGUUUAUACAUCAGGUGAUGGACCUGUCCACCACUUCAGUAAUGGCAGCUAAGGCCUACAAGUACAAAGCAGAAUCACUUGUUAAGGACUACCUUCUUGCAGAUUCUUAUGUUUCAUACACUGCUGUACUUGGUGGGAUCCUGAUGUGCAAGAUGGUCUAUGACAUCACACACUUAAUCAGCUCAUUCUACUACAAGGGUUAUGGUUCACUCACAAAAAUCCAAAAGCUUGAGUGGAACAACAGGGGCAUGUCAACUGUCCAUGCAAUAUUCAUCACAGUCAUGUCAGUGUACCUGGUAUUCUUCUCCAACCUAUUCUCUGAUCAGCUGGAUGGACCAGUCACUUUUCGGAGUUCAAACCUGUCCAAUUUUACUCUGGGGGUUUCUGUUGGGUACUUCAUCACUGACCUUGGUAUGAUAUGCUGGGCUUAUCCUUCCCUUGGUGGAAUGGAGUAUGUUCUUCACCAUAUGCUGUCACUUAUGUCUAUAGCCUAUGCUAUGUAUUCUGGGGAAGGACAAUUGUACACGUACAUGGUUCUCAUCUCUGAGACAACCACACCUGGAAUCAACCUCCGAUGGUUCCUUGAUACUGCUGGAAUGAAAAGAUCCAAAGCCUAUCUUCUCAAUGGUGUUACAAUGUUUGUUGCAUGGCUGGUGGCACGGAUAAUUUUGUUCGCCUACUUGUUUUACCACAUCUACAUCUACUAUGAUCAGGUCAAGCAGAUGCAUACCUUUAGCUGCAUUCUGAUAUUUGCUGUGCCCACAAUACUACUUGUCAUGAAUACAAUGUGGUUUGCCAAGAUCUUGAGAGGCCUUAAAAAGACCUUAGCCAAGAGGCAGUGAAGAGAAGAAUGGUAGCUGCAAAGCUCAUGGACAUCUACAGUCAUCCCGUCGUACAGUGACUUCACAUUAACAUACACUUCCCGAGUAAAGCCGUUAGUGCAGCUCCUAGCACAAGCUAAAGCCCUUGUACAUGAUUCAGAAAUACGCUCAACGCAGCCCAAAAUUUUCCCUGGAUAUUCUACCCUGUACAUAUGCACCUCUGGUUAUGGCUGAGGAUUAUUUUUCUGUGGAUUAUAUGCUUCGCCGUCUCAAAAAUUUAGGUAGUGAUCAUCAAAUAGACCUAGAAAGGCUGAAACUCUUACAAGUUUAAUCUGCAGCUCUUAUUGUUCUUACUGCAGAAUUGUAGUGAGUAAAUUCACUAUCGCUUCAAGUAAAGUUGGCUGGUAAUGGUAGUUCAGCAUUUUUGAACUCUUCAA